UUGAGAUUGGCGUAAACUGAGCGGGCGGGCCGCAGCUCAAUCGCGCGAGCACCUAUUCAAUGACAAGGCAACCUUGCUUUGGGAAGGUGAGAGAAUUCCCUACAUUCAACCCACGCGGAAACGGCUUCUGGAAGCUUCAGGUCCCCAUGAGGAAGAUAACAAGGAGGUAUCCAAGCGAUACCACAUCACGAGCUUCCCGCCGCGACGGCUCUAUACGCGCUUGGCAAGAUUUGCGGCUGCCACCUCGACCUCGGCAUCGCAACCCAAUCUGGAAUCUGCAUGUCCAUGUGUUCGCUCCCGCCCCGCUAGCACCUUCGACAAUGCGACUCUCCCCGUGGGCUGUGGAGAUUCCCACUGACCGUCUUGCGGGGAAGAAGGAAAUUGGGCCGGCAAAUGGACGGAAAUCAGGAACAAGUCGAGGAGAAAGCCGCGAGGUAAUGACUCGAUGACGGUGCUCGCUGGGCAAGGGCCCGCCGAUCAAGCAUAAAUGCAUCGACGGCUCGCGAGCCGGCUAGGGCCCUGCCGACUUCUCUCCCUCGUGGCCAGCCCUUUUCGUGCCAAGCCCGUCUGUCGCCAUGAAGCCCACCACCGGUCUCCUCAUCUCGUCCGCGGCCCUCGGCCAGGCCCAGGGCCUGUCCGCGCCCGUUCUUGACUGCUCGGCCGAGGCCCUCGCUGGUGCUCUCCCUGCUAAUGCCACCAUCGAGGGCGUUGCGCCCGUCUCGGCCGGCGGCACGUAUGGCGAGGGCUCCAGAAACGUCGCCUACCCGACGCAGCCCAAGGGACUCCCCGACCUCUGCGCCGUCGUCGUCAAGAUCAAGUCCUCCGACAUCUCGUCUUACCGGUUCGGCGCCUUCCUGCCCGCGGGCUGGAACGGCCGAUUCCUCGAGGUCGGCAACGGCGGCUUCGGCGGCGGCAUCAACUGGCUGGACAUGGGCGCCCGCGUCCGCGCCGGCUUCGCCGUCGUGUCGACCGACACGGGCCACAGCUCGACCUCGGGGGACGUCACCUGGGCCACCAACGAGGAGGUCAAGGAGGACUGGGGCCACCGCGCCAUCCACGGCUCCGCCGUCGCCGGCAAGCAGCUGGCCAAGGCCUACUACGGCCAGGCCGCCCGCUUCUCCUACUACGCCGGCUGCUCGACCGGCGGCCGCCAGGGCCUGCGCGAGGCCCAGCUCUACCCCGAGACCUUCGACGGCGUCCUGGCCGGCGCCCCCGCCUGGUGGACGAGCCACCUGCAGACCUGGACGCUGCGCCAGGGCGCCCUGAACCUGCCGGCCGACGCCCCGUCCCGCAUCCCUCCGCAGCUCUUCCCCGUACUCGCCGCCGAGGUGCGCCGCCAGUGCGACGGCACCGACGGCGUCGGCGACGGCAUCAUCAGCCAGCCCGACAAGUGCAAGCUGGACCUGAGCACCAUCCGCUGCCCCGGCGACGCCGCCGGCUCCAACUGCCUCACGGCGCCGCAGAUCGAGACGGCGAGCAAGUCGCACGCCGACUACGUCAUUGACGGGACCUACGCCUUCUCGGGCCUCGAGCUGGGCUCCGAGGACAACUGGGCGUUCCUGAUGGGCGGGUCGAGCCCGAGCACGUACGGCACGCAAUACGUCCAGUACAUGCUCCUCAACAACCCGAGCUGGGACUGGCGCGACUACAACGACACCAUCGUCGCCCUCGCCGACGCCCGCAAUCCGGGCCGCGCCACGGCCGACGACUUUGACAUGUCGGCCUACAAGAAGCGGGGCGGCAAGGUCAUCAUGUACCACGGCAUGAGCGACGCCCUCAUCGCGACGGGCAGCUCGACGCACUUUUACAAGACGGUCGGCGCCGCCACCCCCGGGAGCGAGCAGUUCGCCGACUGGUUCCGCUUCUUCCUGGUCCCCGGCUUGGGCCACUGCUCGGGCACCAGCGUCGACGCGCCGUGGUACAUUGGGGGCGCCAACCAGCAGGGGUCGCUGUCGGCCGACGUGACCCAGGUGCCCACCCUCGAGACCAGCCACGACGCCCUGCUCGCCCUCAUGACCUGGGUGGAGCGCGGCACCGCCCCGGACAAGAUCGUCGCGACGUCGUUUGGCAACAGCAGGGCCCCCAACCUGCAGGCUUCAAGGCAGAGGCCAAUCUGCCCGUACCCUGCCGUCGCCGCGUAUGACGGGCGGGGCGAUGUCAACUCGGCUGAGAGUUGGACCUGCUAGUAGAGAGCUAGGUGUUGGAUAUAGUUGUUGAAGAGGUUGACCAUACUGCACGCGCGUGAAUACAUUUCACCGUCAAUAAUUGUAUUAUACAAAUACUUUACAAUGACAAGAGAUAUUUCUUGCGCCCCUG